CGGUCAGCAGUUUGCGCUAAACUGGUGAUAACUCGACAUCGCGAUCGCGAAAUGAAGUGGCUUAGUUUGUUCCUGGUGUUUGGGAUCCUCGGACUCAUCGGCAGUCUUGGCACUCUGACCAUGGCGGAACCCAAUCCGGAGCCCAAGGGUCGUCCGCACACAACGCGACGUCCGCGGAACGAUAACGACAACGAUCGACGCUAGCAAUCCGAGCGGCUGGAGGAGAUGGGGCAAAAUCUCCCCGCGAAAUCUCCCCGUAGAUGCACCGAACCACAAAGGACACAGGAGGCACAGCGACUCUCGGUGAAGGUGAAAUGUUUUGGAGUCGAGCAAAUGCAAUAUGUUGAGGUGCUGCUCAUCUAGCGAGCGGCAUCUUCCCGUGCACAAUAAAGACUCAUUCGUUUACAACAGA